AUGGACUCGCUUAUGGAUCGGUACGGCUCUUCGAUAGGGAUAACGGGACUAUCCUGUAAAUUCCCAAAAGAUUACCAAAACCCGCAACUGUUUUGGGACUCGAUUUGCAGUGGCAAAUCCUCGUGGUCUAAUAUCCCGGCGUCCCGUUGGAAAGGAAGCGGUUUUUGGUCUGCAAUUAAGAAACGCAACGCAACUAUAAGCAAAAGUGGCCACUUUAUCACACAGGAUAUUUCCCGUUUCGAUGUUUCCUUUUUUGGCAUCUCCUUAAACGAGGCGACAGCCAUGGACCCUCAGCAUCGUCUUAUGACUGAGGUGGCCUACGAAGCAGUUGAAUCGGCUGGAAUGUCAUUGGAAAGGCUCCAGGGUUCCAAAACCGGUGGAAAUGCUGUACCGCGAUCCAGACGUAACGCCGCCGUAUACGGUUACCGGCUUGCCCAAAACAAGCCUGGCGAACCGAAUUAA